UUGUGGUAUCAGGCAAAUGAACUUUGCGCAUGCCUGGGCAGCUUCAGUGAGGACUUGAAUGGGGAGGAUUAGAACCAGAUGUUCAUUGGGACCAAGGUGCCAGCCAAUAAGGAGGAGGGCCGUUUGGUCUGUGGGAGGAGCUCAGUCUUGAUUCUGUACUCAAAAUUUAUUCUAACAGGUAGUUUAAAAUCCAAACAGGACAACAACAGAAGGGAAGCGGUUUUCCUGCGAGGAGGUUUCCUUAAGAGCUCUGUGUUUCUGGAUGAGCCCGGGUGGCGCUCUUCAUUCAGCAUGCUGAGCAGGAAGGGCUCUUGUACGGGGAUGAUGAGCGCGGCAGCCGUAGCGGACCGCAGCAGGGUCGGGGAGAGAUUGCAGGCUGCGCUGGCAGGGCUGCAGGAGCUGCAGCUUCUCAGGGACAGACAGAGCGAUAUGGUGAACUGGGCGCUGAGAGUGGACCGAGAGGAACCGGUUACUUCAGUCAACGCAGACCCAGAGGAUCCAAGGCUCAUGGGGGCCGAGGAGCAGCGACUGGAGGCGACCCUGACAGCUUUGAAGCAGCAGCUGUCUCGUCUUCGGAAACAGGACGUAGGCCUGAAGACUCACUUGCAACAGCUGGACCAGCAGAUCAGUGAGCUGAAGCUGGAUGUGAGCAAGGCCUCCACGGAGCAGCUGGAGAGUGACAGCAGGCCAAGUUCUGGUUUCUAUGAGCUCAGUGAUGCCGGCUCUUGCUCCCUGUCCAACUCCUGCAAUUCUGUGUACAGCGAGAGCCUCUCAUCUUCUCAAACAAGCCUCCUUCUCACUCCCAUGAGCCCACCUAAUUGUCACCUAAGCCCUCCACCACAAGUUAAUGUAUCUCGCCGACGUUCUGCUGAUGAGAGCACUACCCAGCCUAACCCUCCACGGGGCACGGGCCUCCAUUUGGGCAGCAGCAGGAUCCGAGCAAGCACCGCAGGCACUGAACAGGCACGGCCGAGACCUGUGUCAACUGGUGAUCUUGAUAGAAUGCUGGCUCAGGUUCCAGGCUACUACAAAUCUGUGGAUGCAAGGAAACCUCCAAUGUGCCCAAACCUUAAGACCUCCACAGUGGACCCCAAGUUUCAGCGCAAUCUGGAGUCCCGCACUGGGACUGAAAAGUACCACUACCCCAGCCCCCUGCACGCUGUGGCUCUCCAGAGCCCGAUCUUUUCCUACGGGGGUGAAACAAGCAUGCAUGGACUACUAGAGGGCCAACGCCCCCCAUUAAACACCUACAAUAUCCUUGAAAUGAGUUAUGAGACCAAGACAUUGACACACUACAUUGGCAACCUUCUCCAACGUAGUCUGAGCAAAAUUCAGAGUGACACAGAAACUCAAACUCUGGAGAAACACAGUGACUAUUGCAGGAAUCCCACUGAAGUUAAAAGUGUGUUUUCUGAAGCAUCUCAGAAAGAGGUGCCUCUGCUGCAGCCUCCUCCAGCUAAGACCACAAACAUCAUCCCACUAGAUAGCACCCAGAAGAGAUACUGUAUGACAUACUCUAGCCAAGAGCUAGCUGAUAACUCAGACCACAAACAGUCCGUGAGAGGCCCACAGGUGCCACAGCAGUACUCCUCUCCUGCUGCUAUGAAGGAGUACAGCUCUGAUGAGGUCACCUAUUCAUCACUGAAGAAAAAUUAUAAACCACAAGGAGAGUGUGGCAGUGUAGCAAAGAACCUUUCUGACAAACGAUGUGGCGAUAAUCCAGAGUCAAGGCCACAAGAUAAGAAGGGUCACAGGCAAAGACCAGUGAUGGCCAAUAGCUCCAGCACAGAGGAGAGUCAAGGCUUUGAGGUUCACUGUAGUCACACAGCUUCACCUGAGUUUGUCCAUGCCAAAUUUGUCCCUGCUGGAUCUCAGAAGGUCAAGGUUAGGCAGGCAGACCGUAAAACCAAAGCUGUGAAACUGAAACGAAAAACCAAUGAGAAACCUCGAGCUGUGAGGCUCCAAAACUGUGACUCCUUCUGUGAGAGGACCAGAGAGAUGAGCACCGGAAAAAAGGGAGAGCAGAGAAGAGCAGGAAAAGGAAAAGUGAUCCAGAAAAAUACCACCUGUCACACAGAGCAACACAGACAGGGUUCAGGCUCCGACUCCAGCCUCCACAGUCCUGGAGUCAUGUGCACCCACAAGGCCCACCCAAAGCCUCAUCCCGGCCAUGCUGUUAUGAAGUCCAGCAAAAGCCCCAGACUGCAAAGCCUGCAGUAUGAGCAGCCUGUAGAGCAGAGGAAGAAACGGCAGAUGACUGCCAAAUGGCCCUCUGAUGUGGACAUGUUCCAGGGCUCGUGUGUUCAGCGUCUGAGGUCAAAAGAGCCCCAUGUUCUGGCACCGGGGAGCAUGCAGAUGGUCCGGAGUAUGAGUGCCAAGCCAGGCCAGUGGAUAAGACCUCCACGCCCCUUCCAGUCUUCCAUGUCUUCUAGUUCCUUCCUCCACAGUCUUAAUGCCAAAUACCCUCCAGCACCCUUUCAUGUGACCAGUCACUAUCCUCCCAGAUGUGAUUCUGAGUAUUCAGCUGAAUGCGCAUCAUUGUUUCACUCCACCAUUGCUGAAAGCAGCGAGGGAGAGAUGAGUGAUAACACCACCAAUCGCUUUGGAGAUAGCGAGUCCAGCCAAAGCUUCCAAUCCUUCUCAGACUCUGACAGCAGCCUGUCCCUGUGUGAGGGAGACCAGGCAGACAGCCAUGAAGAGGAGGGAGUUAUGGUGUGGGCUGAGGCUGCACUGGGACCCACCGCAGCUGGAAGGCCCCUCAAGCUGCUCCCACCCCGCCCCGAGCCCACAACCUGCCGCAUCAAAGCUUCCAGAGCCCUGAAGAAGAAAAUUCGUCGGUUCCAGCCAGCCUCCUUAAAGGUCAUGACCCUGGUGUAGAAGAGUUCCCCCAGGCACAAUGAGAAUUCCUGUGGAAAACACAGAGAGCUGUAGGAAAUGCCUCCCAAAAUUGUUAAGAUCUAAUGUAGUCUUUUGUAAGAAAACCCAUAAUUCAAGCUGGAUUGCAUUUGUGCACUGACUGCUUAGUUACAAGGAGAAAAACAUAAGUAAAAACAAUGGUUGAACCUGAAAAUGUAAAAAAGCAUGUAUAAAAAUAUCACUCUUAGACUUAAUUUUUUUAAAUACAUAUUGCUGUAAUUAAAUUUUCUCAUAGCUUGUGGCUGCAUCGAACAAUUUCAUUUCCCACUCAUGUAACUGCCUGUACUCAAUAAAUAAAUCUCAUUUAUUUUCUGUAUUACAUUCACUUUGCUUG